GAACCCCACAGUGGCGGCGGAACAUACGCUUUUGUGCUGCAUCGGUUGUUGCAAGAGUUUCGAGACAUGUCACCUCCAAAAAAGGGCUUCAAUUUUUGUGUCCUGCAUCGAAUCGUACCAAAGCGGUCACACUGCGGUGUCGUCUGCAGAGCGAAAGACAAGCUCCGGAGAAGAAAAAGCACCCUCCCGAGACAUCCCCAAACAUCACCACCACCAGCAACCAGCAUUAGAAGACUGUCCGGCAAAAUAUGAAGAUCAACGCGUCCAAGAUGGCGACCCCGAUCGAAGAGAAAGUUGAUCAGAAUCUGAAGACCCGCACCGGGAUGGUGAUGAUCAGCGAUGGCAAAAGCAAACCAGAGCUCGCCCGGCUCCAUCUGUCGAUGGAGAUGAUCACGAUCCAGAAGCAGGACACGACCACACCCGCACCGACGCCCACCAACGCCACACAUCCGCCGAUCGAGUCUAAGGAACGCAUGGUACAGAUCACGCGCCAGAAGGUGGGAGGACUCGGACUCAGCAUAAAGGGUGGCGCCGAACACAAGCUGCCGAUACUGAUAUCGCGCAUCUACAAGGACCAGGCGGCCGACGCAACAGGUCAGCUGUUUGUUGGCGAUGCCAUCAUCAAGGUAAACGGUGAAUACAUCACAGCCUGUCCACAUGACGACGCGGUCAACAUCCUCCGGAAUGCUGGCGAUAUCGUUGUCCUUACUGUGAAGCACUACCGUGCCGCCACACCGUUCCUGCAGAAACAAUUAAGCCGAGAAACGCCCGAAUCGGACAAUGAUGCGACGUGCGCAGAGCUGAAGGCGGACGAAAACUGGAAAUCGGUCAACAGUAGCCGCCCGGUGUCCAUCAGCUCCGAGCCGGAAAAUCGAUGGAUCGACUUGGUUUCGGUGCCGCUGAUGAUGGCAUACGUUACGAGGUACAUCUACGGCACGGACAAGCUGCGGCCGAACGCGUUCGAGGUGCGCGGACUGAACGGGACCACCACCGGCAUCAUACACUGCGACGAUCUGGCCAUCCUCAGCCAGUGGCUCAAGUACAUCACGGACAAUGUGGUCGGACUGACGAGCCUGCAGAUGAAGCUGUUCAACCGGAACUUCCCCGUCGGCGAACGGAUCGAGUACAUGGGCUGGGUGAACGAGGGCGUCAUCAACAAUCACAUCUCGUGGCAGAGCUACAAGCCCCGCUUUCUGGUGCUGAAGGGUACCGAGGUGAUGCUGUUCGACUCGCCGCCGCUCAACGUGACCGGCCUGACCAAGGCGAACGUCGCCUACAAGGUGUACCAGACGAUGUUCCGCGUGGUGAAGGAGUCGGAAACGGUCGACUCCCGGCAGCACUGCUUCCUGCUCCAGAGCUCCGGCCACGAGCCGCGCUACCUGAGCGUGGAGACGCGCCAGGAGCUGCUGCGGAUCGAGAACAGCUGGAACGCGGCGAUCGUCACGAGCGUGAUCAAGCUGGGCCGCAAAACGUUCGCCGUCUCCCAUCACGGCAAGACGGGCGGACUAACCCUGGACUGGCAGGCCGGAUUCUCGCUCACGGAAGGAGCCGAAGCGGCCGUCAUCUGGCAGUACAAGUUCUCGCAGCUACGCGGCUCCAGCGACGAUGGCAAAUCGAAGCUGAAGCUCCACUUCCAGGACCACGAAACGCGCACCAUCGAAACGAAGGUAUGCAGUCUUGGGCCCGGGUAUUAAUUUGUUUGUCGUCACAUGCUUUUCGUUUUUGCGUAGCGUUCCGCAAAGUUCCCGCCAACUUGACGCACACUGAAUGGUGUGCGUGCACGGUUAUGGGUUGUUUUCUGCAUUCUUUCUUGUUAAAU